GCGGAAUCGAGAGAAAAGCGAGAGGUAGUUGACGGCGAGGAAGAAGAGAGAGAAUGUGGUUCACCGGCGGCGGCGGAGUAGGACUGAGGAAGCUCUGCAGAGCCUCCGCUACUGUUAUCGAGAACGAGAUGAGCUAUAACUCUCUGUUAGUGAGACACAUGUCGAGAGAGCGAGCAGUAAACGUGAGAAAGAUAAACCCAAAGGUCUCGAUCCAAGAAGCUCACAUCAUCUCCAACUCUCUCUACGAUGUCUUCAAGAAACACGGACCUCUCUCCGUUCCCAACACGUGGCUCCGCGCUCAGGAGGCUGGGGUGAGUGGAUUGAACAGUAAGACUCAUAUGAAGCUGUUGCUGAAAUGGAUGAGAGGGAGGAAGAUGCUUAAGUUAAUCUGUAACCAAGUUGGUUCUUCUAAGAAGUUUUUUCAUACUAUUUUACCUGAUGAUGAUCCUCAACAUGAGACACCACCUGUUGCUUCUGCUGCUGCUGCGACAAAUGAGAAGAACAAACAAUCCUUCAAGAGAAGAAGCAAAUAAAGUUUGAUCGCACUGUGAGAGAAAAUCUCUGUUUGUUUUGUUUUUAUAGUUGCUGGUGUAGAAAAAUUCCUGAGAAAGUGAGAGCUUGGUUUGAUUCUUUCUCUCUGAAUAAAAGAACGAAACAUAAAUUUACAUUUGCAGAAGUAGCUCCACGAUCACACGCACUGCAUACAUCAAACUCAAGAAGAUGAUGAUGAUGAUGAUGCCUUCAAUUGAAUAUGUUUGAUGUUCUGUGUUCUAUGUGGUAACAACAAAACGCGUUGACCUAACAUUUUUAUUGUCUUCUUUUGAGCGAUUUCAUU